AUGAUGACACCCCGACUGGAACUCGUCCGGUUGACUGAGGACCACCUCCCCGGCUACCACGCCAUCUGGUCCGACAAAAAUGCAACUCGAUGGAGCCCACACGGCUACUGUAAGACCCUCGAAGACAGCAGAAAAUGGAUGUCAGAAUUACUCCUCUCCACGAACCCAAACGGAGACAACUUCGCCGUCAUCAUUCGCAAAGACAUCGACCCAGACAAGCUUCCUGAAAAGAGGUCCGAAUCUACAAUCCUCCAACCAGGUGCCUUCAUCGGAUGGAUCGGGACCUGGAGAACAAACCCAUCACCAGAAGUCGGCUUCAUUUUCCAUCGCGAUGCAUGGGGCCACGGCUUUGCCACUGAAGCACUGCAAGGAUUCGUGACCAUGUUCUGGGAACUCAAGCUACAAUACACUACUCUGGAUGCUUGGUGUGACACCCAAAAUGCAGCUUCGAUCAGUGUCUUGACUAAGUGUGGCUUUGUAAUGGAGGAGACUCAAGAUGGAGACCACACCCUGCCGUGGAUGGACCCGCCUCUUCGUGAUAGUCUUUGCUUUCGAGUGAAGCGAGGUGUGAAGAUCGAUAUGUGGUCUCUGGCCAGAUGA